AUGGACUCUCUCCAAGCCACUUACAAAGACGAAGACGACGAAGAAACCGUUCCCCAACCCCCACCUUCUACCACCACUGAUUCCACUGCUCCAUUACCACCUAACACCGUCGAACCCAAAAAGGAAACCGAACCUCAAAACGACAUCACUACCACCAAACAAGAAACCACCCAACUGGCCGCAGCUUCCUCCGAUUCUCUAUCCGAAGAAGAUCCGACCACCACAACCACCACCGCUUCCGACGACAACCAAAACCCACUUAAAGUUCCCCAAAAUGACGACGAAUUCUACGACGACGAAGAAGAGCCUCCGCCCAAGAAGCAAAGGCAACUCUCCUCCUUAACAAUCCCUUCCCAAGGCCCUAAUUCAGUUCCCAGAAUCAACGAUGAUAACCCCAUCGCAGCGGCAGCUGAAAACAAUAACAAUAACGGCAAUGCCCCAUCAAAUCCUUCCUCAGCAACGAAAACGACAACAACAAAGAAGUCUAAGAAGAAAAACAAUAAUGUUUGGGUGACGAAAACGUCACGAAAAGGGAAAAAGAAAAGCAAAGUGAAUAACCAGAAUGCUGGAAAUGCGGAAGACACGGUUUUGAUAACCCCUGUUCCGAGAUUCCCGGACAAAGGGGAUGAUACCCCGGAGUUGAGCAUAUGUCUUUCCAAGGUUUAUAAAGCCGAAAAAGUGGAGUUAAGCGAGGAUAGGAUGAGUGCAGGGAGCACAAAGGGGUACAGAAUGGUUAGAGCCACAAGAGGGGUGGAGGAAGGAGCUUGGUACUUUGAAAUUAAGGUGGUGAAGUUGGGUGAGACCGGGCAUACACGGCUUGGAUGGUCUACGGAGAAAGGAGACUUGCAGGCACCGGUAGGGUAUGAUGGCAAUAGCUUUGGAUAUAGAGAUAUUGAUGGCAGUAAGGUGCAUAAGGCUUUGAGAGAGAAGUAUGGGGAGGAAGGGUAUAAGGAGGGGGAUGUUAUUGGGUUUUAUAUAAAUUUACCGGAAGGUGGGUCCUUUGCUCCCAAGCCGCCCCAUUUAGUCUGGUAUAAAGGGCAGAGGUAUGUGUGCGCCCCUGAUGUCAAGGAGGAGCCGCCUAAAGUGGUGCCUGGAAGUGAAAUUUCUUUUUUCAAAAAUGGGGUUUGCCAAGGAGUUGCUUUCAAGGAUCUGUAUGGUGGUCGCUACUAUCCUUCUGCUUCAAUGUAUACUCUUCCCAAUCAACCAAACUGUGUGGUGAAGUUCAACUUUGGCCCAGACUUUGAAUGCUUCCCGGAGGACUUUGGUGGAUGUCCAAUUCCCAGGCCCAUGGUUGAAGUUCCUUAUCAUGGGUUUGACAACCGAGUGGAAAAUGGUGAAUCCAUUGAGAAGAAACAGUAGCCAGUUUGCACCAUCAAUUAACAUCGUUAUGAAUUGCCUGCUAAUUUGAGAGACUGUCAUUAUAUUGUAAUUUAAUUAAUUACUCUUGAAAUUAGGGCUGAUAAGUUGAUUCAUUAGUUCUGUAAACUUUGACUUUUCUGUGAAGGAGAAAAAGAAAGAUUGAUUUCCUGCUUGCAACUCCUAAAUCUGCUGCAUGAGCUGAUCCAUAUCUUGGUAUCAUUUUUAUUUCUAAUUUUGUCUGGGUUGUAUAUCUUGAUAUGAUUUUUUAAUAGAGCGCAAUAAAGUUUUUGGCUUCUGUGCUA